AUGGCCACCCCCACGGAAUUGCGGUUCAAGAACCCUGCCAUCUUCGUCUGUGACAUGCAAGACAAGUUCCGCAACGUCAUUUACGAAUUCGACAGCAUCGUCACCACCACCGUCAAACUCCUCACCUACGCCCAAUCCCUCUCCAUCCCCGUCCACACAACAACCCAAACCUCCGCCAAGCUCGGCGCAACCGUCCCCGCCAUCGCCGACCUCCUCCCCUCCCCUCCCCACGACAAGACCAAAUUCUCCAUGCUCGUCCCCUCCGUCGCCGCCCAACUCGAACCGCAAUCCCGCAUCGCCCUCGUCGGCAUCGAGUCCCACAUCUGCAUCACCCAGACCGCCCUCGACCUGCGCGACGCCGGCCACUUCCCCUACGUCAUCGCCGACGGCGUCAGCUCCUGCAACCGCGGAGAAGUCGGCAUCGCUCUGGAUAGGCUGAGGAGCGAGCCGGGUAUUACGGUUACCACGAGCGAGAGCUGGAUGUACGAGUGUCUGGGCGAUGCCUCACACCCCUUGUUCAAGUCCUUAAUCACAGUGGUCAAGAACAAGAGCAGCGAGACCAGCAAGGUCUUGAGCGUGCUGCCGCCUGCUCCUGCUCCCAAGAUCUAA